UUUUUGUUUGUUCACAGGAAAAAAAUAAAGAAAUGAAGAAAGUUGACUAGAAACGGAGAAUUUCCAAAUGUUGAAUUUGUUGGAUGCAUGUGAAAGCCAAUUCUAUUUGGUUCCUCCUUGAUAAUCCACCCAAUCGCUGUCAUUCUCCCAUCAAUCUAGCUGCUUUCACAAACCAUUGUACUGAGAUCGUAUCUUUAAGGUAAAUUUCAAAUCGGAGUCGGCGAGAUCGAAAUAGGAACCUGGAAGUCGGAGAAUUUGUGUAAAUUCGGUUUUUUUUUUUUAAUUCUCCGAUGGAUAGUUUAAGUGAUAUCGAUGGUGAUUUCGAUGGAAGAAAUGAAGGAGGAUCGUCAUCGGAUUAUCGAUUGUUGGGUCGGCAGAUUACGGUUCAUCAGUUCAUGGGUGGUGGCAAAGGCGAGUUCUUUUUUCCAGAAUUUGUGUUUUUUCAUCAUUUUGGUAGUUUGUGAUGAGAAUUUUCUCGGAUUUACAGAACAGAAAAUUCAAAUUGGGGAUGAUAGUUGGAAUAGUUAGGGUUUCUGAUUUUGGUUGGUUGUGAAAAUCGUCAUGUGUGUAAGUACAUUUAGCAUUUUGGGUAUAGUAGAAAAUGGAAAACUUGGCAGGUGAAAGUUAGGUUUAGGUUUGAUUUUGAAUGAGAAAUUGAUUGAUUCAAAUCUCUGGAUACGCAUGAUGAGUUCAUAGGUCCAGCAAAAAGCUACUGUUUGUGAUUUUUGUAUGGCUUUGUUCUUUGAUGUAGCUGCUGACUUGCUCUUAUGGAGGAGGCGACAUCUUUCUUUGGGGGUUAUCAUUAUAUCAACUGUAGCCUGGCUUAUAUUCGAGUUUUCCGGGUUGCCUUUCUUAUCUGUUUCUUCGGAUGUCUUACUCAUCGUGAUCAUGAUAUCAUUCGUUCAUGCCCGGGUUUCUGCUUUUAGGAAUAGACAGUUGCAUUCGUUGCCAGAGCUUGUUCUAUCAGAGGAAAUGGUGAAUAGUGCUGCAGCUUCUUUCCGUAUAAAACUCAAUCACUUGCUUGUAAUGGCUCAUGAUGUCACAGUUGGCAACGAUUUUCGACUCUUCUUCAAGGUGGUGAUUUGUCUGUGGCUUCUCUCUGCCAUUGGUAGCUAUAUAUCUCUCUGCACUCUUCUUUACAUCGGGACCAUCCUAUCUGUAACAAUACCGGCUUUGUACAGUAAAUAUCAAAGCAAAGUAGACAAGUGUUGCGGGACGAUUCACAGGCGGUUGUCUCACCACUACAAAAUAGUAGACGAAAAUGUUAUAAGCAGACUCUCAUGGAGCUUAUCCAAGGAUAAAGAUUCAUGAGCUUAACUUUGGUGAUUCUGAGAAUGCUUUUACUUGUUUUUGUUUAGCUUUUCUUGUUAUUCACCAUUUGUAGUAUAACUAAACGCCAUAUCCAGAAUGAAUAUAAGAUGGUUUCUUUGUUCAACUAAAUUAACUCUUGCCUUCGUCUGAAGCUUAACACCACUGGAG